CAAAGACGAAAGUGUGGCACUGAAGCGCGUGGACAAUUACAGACAAGCUGAUUGAAAAGGAAAAAGAAACAUAUACUGUAUACUAUCGUUUAUACAAAUUCGAAUUUACAGUAUUUACAAUAUAUACAGUGUAUAUAAAAAGGACGAGAUGACAACUGCCGACAGAAGAUUACGGAGUCAAGUUCGCAAUCUCAGAGCGCAUUUCGAACGUAUGCUAGAUGAUCUGGACCGUGUUGAGGAGGAGCUGAAAGAAGGCGAAAAGAUGAAAAAGAAGCGUAAUAACCCAAAAAAAGGUUUAACGCCCAGGUUAAAAGCGUUAGCCUCGUAUUGCAUGUCGCCACAUACGAGCACUUUUCAUCAUUCCACUGAUAACGAUUCGGUCUUGACAUUCAAUUCAAAGACGGCACGAAGUUGUAGAAGAAAGAUUGAAGGCAAUUUACGAGAUGAGAUUCGAUCCGAUGAGGCGUACAAUGUGACUGAACUCAGUGCCAUCACCAGAGCGUCGUCUAGCAGAAAAUUUCAAAUGAGAUCAGAUAUUAGAAAAAGGCCAAAUUUAGGGCUUGCUUCCGUACGAUCGAGAAGGAGAUCGUCGGCGGUGGGCAAUUCGUCAAGAAAUAAGGAAAAUGAAUAUGGAAGAUCGAAAUCUUUUAAACCUUGCGCUAGUUCAACGAUGCUCGGCGAAAUAUAUGAAGAGGAAGGAGAAGAAGAGGAAGGAGAAGAAACAGUACAAGAAAAAACAAGGGAGAAGGAAAUAGACAACAGGCGACCCACAUUUUUAUCAGCAUCCCCACUGCCAGCAAACUCUUCAAUAACUCUGCAUCAGAUGGCGCAGCGAACGGUAUGUGGAGUUGAUGCCAUCUACCGACGUAAAGCGACAUCCAUCACCGGAUCUAGGUCCAAGCGUGGUGUGUUUGAAAAACUUUGAUUCUUCCGAUUCUUCCUUUUUCUACUUCCGCUUUCGAAACAGGUGCGAUUUGUAAUCUGCUAUUGUUUACAUUCGUCUCGCACGCGUUGUUUUUCUUAUUCCGUUACUUUUUUAAAGCUAAACUGAACAGCAUUUAAAACGUUAAUCCGUAUUUAUGUACAUUUAGU